AUGGAAGAAGAAAUAGUGGCAAAUACCGCCGCAGAACCAUUGACAAUUACUCAAGAUGUUUAUGACAUUGCGAUUCUCAAGGGGCAUCUUUGUAAACUUCUUCCCUUGCUCUUGGAUGCUGACAAGGAAGACUUGGAAGAAUCAAUAUGGUCCCCGAAAGAAAAUAAUGAUAAAUUAAAACGGUUUGCUGUUGAGCCGCAGUUUUCCAAUCUAUAUAUCACAAAGACCAAGAAAGAGUCUGAUAAGGAGAAAGAAGACGAACCACCCUCCGAACCAUCCUCCGAGUCACCUUCGGAACCGUCUUCUGAGUCGGACGUUUAUGAAUAUUCCAUAACUCAGGAACUCUUCUAUAAUCCGAGAAAUGUUGCUUGCGUUGCUGUCAUUAAACAAGGAUCUACUUUAGAUGCGAACCGCUCCAUUCAAUCGCAAAUUCAAGUUAUUAAUUUACCCGGCCCAUCUUCCAGUGACACUGGAACCGAUGUAAGCCCGUAUGAGGCUUUAUAUUCCUACAUUCACUCCGCAGUUACACCAUAUUUUGAUGCCUAUGUUAUUGCGAAAAGCUCAAAUCUUGAUGGAAUAGUUAGUUCCAGCGUUAAGAGAUCUGAUGAUUCCAAAUCUAGUAUUUCCAUGGCGAAAAAGAAAAUUAUCGAGCUAGAAUUGGCACUCCUUAAUCUUCAACAAAACGUUGAGAUUCCCGAAAUUACUCUCAACAUUCAUCCUGUCAUUCAAAAAGUUGUUGAAAAGGCAAAAAGAAUACGUGUCUCUGUCGACAUGGUUGAUUCUUCAAUAAUCGAUUCUGGCUUUUUAAAUAAACUUCAAGGUGAUGUAAACGGUUGGAUUAAAGAGAUCCAGAAAGUUACGAAGUUGUCGCGUGAUCCCUCGAACGGCACAGCAAUACAGGAGAUCAAUUUCUGGCUAGGCAUGGAAACCGCACUUGAAGAUAUCAACGAACGACUUAAAAGUGAUCAGAUCGUGCACAAAUACAAUCAACUUAUGAAAGAUUUUCCUCUUAACGAACUACUGUCUGCACCUGAUGUGGCGCGAGUAAAGGAUUCUUUGCACGAUAUAUUUGAUCAUUUUAAAAAGAAAUUGAAAUUAUCGAACGCCCUUCUUCUUGUUGAAGCUAUUUCUCGUGAUUUAAAUGAGCAGUUGCUCAAGGUGCUAGCCGUUCGUAGAUUGAUGUACAUGGAAUAUGAUGAAUUCGAAAAAGUCAUGUCCGGCGCCGAAGAUGUGUUUGCCACGUGGGAUGAGAUGAUCAAGGAAUUCACCAAUGUGGCGCGCGAA